AUGAAGAAAAUUAAACCUUUAGCCAAUUCUAGUCGUAACACUAUUUUAAUCGAUUAUCGGGAAAAACUAACCCCUAAUCCACAAAAAACCCCUCGUCAACUUCUUGAGUUAAUUAAACCUCAAUCAGGACGCAAUAAUCAAGGAAAGAUUACUACAAGACACCAAGGGGGAAAACACAAACGAUUUUACCGAAUUAUUGACUUCAAACGCUAUGAAAAGGACAAUAUUGAAGGGAAAGUGAAAAGUGUCGAGUACGAUCCUAAUCGCAAUUGUUUUAUUUCUUUGAUAAGUUAUCAGGAUGGUAGUUUCACUUUCAUAAUUGCUCCUGAGGGGCUAAAAGUUAACGACAAAAUAACCAGCGGAGAGGGAGAAAAUGUUCCCUUACGAGUCGGAAAUAAUUUGCCGCUACGUCAUAUCCCAGUUAACACUCCAAUUCAUAAUUUAGAGUUAAAACCAAAAAAGGGAGGUCAAUUAAUGCGAGGAGCUGGCACUUAUGCGGAAAUAAUUGGUAAAGAGGAGGGAAAUAAAUAUGUAUUAGUAAAAUUGAUGUCCAAAGAAGUUCGGAAGGUAUUGGCAACUUGUCGGGCCACUAUUGUGCGGGGUUCGGCGAUGAAUCCUUGCGAUCACCCUCAUGGCGGUGGAGAACAAAAAGCCGGAAUUGGCCAUCCUUCACCACUUAGUCCCUGA